CAAAAUCUGCCUGAAAAGUGGUGCGCACAACCUCCAUCGUCGACGCCCGUUCCAAAAAUCAGUUCAACGCACAAGGCACCUUGCGAAGAGCAAAUACCAGACACAACCAUCGCUUCGCGUUACUCUGCACACUGCAGCGACGAAGUAGCGAAAAUCCGGAAUCACCCCACCAUGGCGACUCAAAAUAGCGUCAAACCUGUCCACUCGAUAAUUAUCGACACGGGCCCGCUGAUCCACAAUACCGUCUCGAUAUCGACCAUUAUAAACACAGCAGAAGUAUUGUACACAACGCCGGCCAUCAUUGCGGAAAUCCGCGACCCUGUCACCAGGUCAAGGGUAGAAACCACACUACUGCCUUUUCUGAACGUCAAGACGCCCUCGCCAGCUAGUUUUGAUGCCGUUUCAGAGUUCGCAAAGAAGACCGGCGAUUUCCCGGUCUUGAGCAAGCAGGAUUUAGGUAUACUGGCGUUGGCUUAUGAGGUGUACUGCGAGAAGCAUGGCGGGUCAUUUGGAUUGAGGAGUCAGCCUGCCCAAACGGACAUCGAGAAUAGCCCAACAGACCUCGAGGAGGAGGUUGUAGCCAUGAAUAACGCAGAGCAAGUUUCAGCAACUCGGGAGCCUGGGCAAGCGGCAGACGAGCCCGAGGAAGCGACAGAAGGGCCCGAGCAGGUGACCAAGCAACCUGAGCAAUCGACUCAAGAAUCCGGAAGAGCAACAGAAGAGCCAGAGACAGCACCAGAAGCACCAAAGCAAGAGACAGACGAGCCUUGGCAGGAGAUUGCUAAGAAAAAGGUCCAUCCAGCAAAAGCUCGCCUCGCUCGUCGAGCCGCUGAACGCGAGGCUCUAACAAAUGAAGUCCUGCCCACAACAGCCCAGCAACCCACUCCACCUACCACAGAUGACGACGAAGAAUCAGAUGGCAGCGAGUGGAUUACUCCAGAGACCCUAUCCAAGCACCAGCAGCAAGAUACCUCCGACACACCUCUUGACGCCUCGGAGCCUCAGCUCGCCGUAGCAACCAUGACGACCGACUUCGCCAUGCAGAACGUCCUCCUGCAGAUGAAUCUGUCGCUCCUCUCCCCCUCGAUGCAACGCAUCCGUAACGCCCGCAGCACCAUCCUACGCUGCCACGCGUGCUUUCUGACCACGCGGGAAAUGGAGAAGCAGUUCUGCCCGCGCUGCGGCCAGCCCACACUCCAGCGCGUGUCGUGCAGCACCAACACGAAGGGCGAAUUCCAAAUCCAUCUCAGCACGAAGUACCGGUACAAUAAGCGUGGGGACAAGUACAGCAUCCCGAAGCCGGUGGGAGGGACGAGCAACGGGAAGAUGAGGGGUCAGGGCGGCGGGAAGGGUGGGUGGGGCAGGGAAUUGGUGCUCAGUGAGGACCAGAAGGAGUAUCAAAAGACGCAGGCAGAGCGGAAGAGGACCCAGGCGAAGGACCCAAUGGAUCAGGAUUAUUUGCCGGAUAUCUUGACGGGAAACAGGAGCAAGACUGAUAGCAGGCCAACGGUAGGCGCGGGAAGGAAUGUCAAUUCUAAGAAGAGAAAUUAGGGCAUGGAGACGGAUGUUCCGAGAUCAUGAAUGGGCAUUGUGGGUUUAGGAUGUCAUGGGAUACCAAGCAUUACUGUGGCGUCGAGGUCAAAAGUCCGAUAGAAUUUAUGAACAGAUUUGAAUGGUUCAGGGGGUAUCUUAG